UAUGAUUAUUGAAAAUGGGCCCAGGCCUUACUUUCGUGGGCCCAAACCAACCCUCUUCAAAAACAAUUUCUUCCUUCACUUCUUCCCCCAUCUCUCUCUACAUCUCUCCGGCAAUGGAACCGCCAUGGACGGACGACCUCGCCGACGACCUCCAAAGCAUCAGCUUCAACUCCACCACCACCACUACCGCCACCGACAUCAAUCGCAGCACAAGCACCAGCUCCGAAACCACCUGGACCACCGCUAACUACUCCUCCCGUCACAAUUCCACCGCCACCAAACACUCCAUUCCUUCCGGCGACCCCUGCUGGGACGCAAUCCGUCAAUCCGGAUCUGAAUCCGGCACUAAUUUAUCCUUUUCUGACCUCCGUUUCAUCCAACGCCUCGGUACUGGAGACAUCGGUUCCGUUUACCUAUCUGAAAUUAAACGUUCAAGUUCUAGCUCUAGUUCUAGUUCCUCCUCGUCGCCGGCGGUUUUUGCCGCGAAAGUUAUGGAUAAAAGGGAGCUUGCUAGCCGGAACAAAGAAGGCAGAGCGGUUACAGAGAAGAAGAUUUUGGAAAUGUUGGAGCAUCCGUUUCUACCGACGCUUUACGCGUCGUUAGAGUCCCAGAAAUGGUCGUGUUUACUGACGGAGUUUUGCUCCGGUGGAGACCUUCACGUUCUCCGUCAACGUCAGCCGUGUAAACGUUUUCCUGAAUCGGCAGUCAGGUUUUACGCAUCGGAGGUGGUUGUUGCUCUCGAGUACCUUCACAUGCUGGACAUUGUUUACCGUGAUCUCAAACCUGAAAACGUUUUAGUCCGAUCCGACGGUCACAUCAUGUUAACCGACUUCGAUCUCUCCUUAAAAUGCGACAUCACCGCAGCCACCCCGGCUCAAGUCUUCUCUGAUAGCAACCGCCCGAACCCACCACCAUUGACAGAUCACUACACAUUCGAUCCGCCCAAAGUCACUUCAUCUUCAUGCAUACUCCCCAACUGCAUAGUCCCCUCGGUCUCAUGCUUUAAAUCUAAACGUAAACGCAAGAAGAAACCCGGGUCACACACAGGCCCACAGUUUGUGGCCGAGCCAGUGGAUGUACGGUCAAUGUCGUUUGUUGGGACUCAUGAAUAUCUAGCGCCAGAGAUUGUGUCGGGUGAGGGGCAUGGGAGUGCGGUAGAUUGGUGGACGUUAGGGAUAUUUAUGUAUGAGCUUUUUUAUGGUGUGACUCCUUUUAAAGGAAUGGAUAAUGAGCUGACUUUGGCUAAUAUUGUGGCUCGGGCGCUAGAGUUUCCUAAAGAGCCUGUGAUUCCUUCGACGGCUAAAGAUUUGAUAUCGCAGUUGUUGGUGAAGGAUCCGGUAAGGCGAUUAGGGUCGACAAUGGGUGCUUCGGCUAUUAAGCAGCAUUCGUUUUUCGAAGGUGUGAAUUGGGCUUUGUUGAGAUGUACAACGCCUCCUUAUGUCCCGUUACCGUUCAGUCGUGAACUUGUGUCGGAUGAUAGUUGCUCCGAUAAUGUGGUGGAAUACUAUUAGCAAGCACCAUUUGUGUGGAAUUAUGUUUAGUUAAUUAUACUAAAAUGUAAUUUUGUUUCCACGUAUGUUAUGAAAAAAAGUGUGUGUAUCUAACCUA